AUGAGUUCUAAUGCUGCUACCUCUAGUACCACCAUCACUAAUACCCACCCCUUGUAUCUGCAUCCUUCCAACUACCCUGGGAUGGUACUUGUUACUACGCCUUUCAAUGGCAGUGGUUAUGGUAGUUGGAGGAGAGGGAUGCUCAUAUCCUUGUCUGCUAAACGCAAAUUGGGGUUCAUAAAUGGCACGGUUAUUAAACCUGGGGAAACUGACCCUACUUUUGAAAAUUGGAGUAUGUGUAACGACAUGGUUAUUGCCUGGAUCCUUAAUAGUUUGGAUGAAAAGAUAGUUGAUACUGUUAUGCAUACUAAGACUGCUUCUGUUGUCUGGAAAGAAAUUGAAAAGAGAUAUGGUCAGGCUAGUGGUAUUAAGGUUUUCCAAAUUAGGAAGGACAUAUCUUCAAUCUCUCAAGAUGAAUGGGUGAAACUAGAAGGGGAUCAAAGGGUUCAUCAAUUCUUAGCUGGUUUAAAUGAUUCAUAUGCUGGGAUCAGGAGGAACAUUUUGAUGAUGAAACCUCUCCCAAAUUUAGACAGUGUGUAUCCCUUGUUGAUUCAUGAUGAAAGGCAGUCUGAACUUCAGGCAUCUAUUCCUUCUUUUGCAUCUGAAGCUGCAUCCUUCUCUGCUAAUACCAGAAAUCAAAAAUCCUCCCCUUCAUAUCCACAAAGGGUGAACUUUGAAUCUAGAAAGCCCAAUUAUUCUCAGAAACCAAAUUAUUCUCAUAACCAAUCUACAUACCCUCAGAAACCAAACUACUCACAGAAUCAGUUCAAUUACUCUCAGAAUCAGGGUCUCUAUUAUAAGUACUGCAAGAGAUCAGGUCACUCCAUUGAAAAAUGUCAUAGGUUGCAUAGGUAUCCCUCAGAUUUUCAGUUCAAUAAAGGGAAAAAGACUGCUGCAUGUGUUCAGGGGUUUGACCUGCAUGGUUUCAGCCAAGAGCAGCAUGAUCACAUCAUAAACCUGUUAGGUGUGACUAGUCUUUAUGCUUACAAUAUCUCUUGUUUCUUUGCUUGUCAUCUCUCUCAGAUGUAUGAUAAUCCUUGGAUUUUAGAUUCAGGAGGCCAUUCUCUGAAGAAGCCAUUGGUAGUUGGUAAACUCUCAAAUGGGUUGUAUGUGCUUCAGUUGAAUGGCUCCUCAUCAUCUACCCCAUCAUUUGCUCAUGCUGUCUCUCCUAAUCCUGCUACAAGUUCUUACUCUACUCCUACUACUCAUAUUACAUCUAUUAUUCCUGCUAUUUCUACUAUUACAUCUACUAUUCCUGCUAUUUCUACUGAUUGUAAUUCUUGUGAUACAUCUGCUGAGAUUUCAACUCCAUAUGUAAAUAGUUCUCAAGCUUCUGAUUCCAAUAAAGAGUGUUCUUCUGCUAGUUUCAAUACUAAUGUACCUUUGUUAUCAGAUUGCAUGAAUGUGAAUGCUUUACCUCCUCAUUUGCCCAAUGAUAGUGUUGUAAGUCCUGAUCUAUCUUGGCACCAAAGACUUGGGUGUAUGCCCUUUGCAAAAAUGAAAUCCAUCCCAUACCUUAAAUCUAUUUUACCCAGUAAACAAACUUUCCAUUGCUCUAUAUGCCCAAUGGCUAGGCUACAGAGACUCCCAUAG